AUGUCUCUUUUGCUUCUAAAUGCAAGCAAUAGAAUUGCUUAAGGAUUCUUAAAAGUAGCUGCUGAGAGUGGUAAGUAUGAGAAGAUCAUUUGUGCUGAUAUCUUCCCAACAUACUUCACAGUUCAAAGAUUACUUAAAUUCAAGCAAUAAUUCUCAACCAAGAUAGAGUUGUUCAAAGUGGGUGAUCGUCAAGAUCUCCAUGAUGUAAUCAAAUAAGCCAACAACCUCCUUUAUGUGAGCCAUGACUAUUACUAAGUUACAGCCUCAAAGAAAAACUUGUUGGUGGCCACUCUAGAUUUGGCCAAGACUAGAAAUUACAAAACUGUGGCUUAUGUGGCUCCAGUCGUGCACAUGAUCAUUAGGAAGAGAUCGAUGAAUGGAAACAUUUAGAAGUUGAAGGCCGUCGCUCCAUUCCUCAAUUGGUAGAGCACAUUUACUAAUAAAAUUGCUUAAAGAAUUUAUAAUGGAUAAAGCAUUUAUUUCAAAAGCACAGGCCAAUCAUGUGCCCCAAUCUUCACUGGAGACUUAGAGGCAAUUGUUGCAAGAGUACUUGCUGGCGAUCAUGCUGGUAAAUUGCUCUUGGCUAAAGGACAUAAGCAUAUAGAUUUCAAGUCUAUUAUUCAUUUAAUUGAGGACAGCCUUGGAAACAGUUAUAAAGCUUAACUCAAUAGUUCCUUCAUCGAAAAGAUCAUUCAUCCCACCAAUAACUGCAUUGUUGGACAACAAUUAUAUUGUCCCUCAUACAUUAACUUAACCAAAUUGAUUGCAAAUUACAAGGCUUUAGAGAACACUGGUUAUGAUUAAGUUGUUGGAGAUAAAUUAGUAGAUAUUGAAGAGUAUCAUAAAAAUAAUAAAACUGUGGUUGAUCAAUCAUUGAAAGCUGACUAUGAAUUAAGCUAUUUAAUUGGAUGAUCAAGUGACAUAUAAUAAAUAAAAGUACAUAAUUAUUAUUUUUAAAACUUUAUUAUAAA